AUGUCUUUGGUACUGAAAGUGACAAUUGCAGUAGCUGGAUUCACUUUCCUCAUCGUUUUAUUAGGGUUGGCAUAUAUAUUAUUCUACAGGAAGAGUAAACCAGUGAAGGUGGCCUCGUCAGAGUCGUUUAGAGCUGUACACAAAAGGGUUUCAUAUGAGGAGCUUUCAGUUGCAACUGAUAAAUUCAAUCCAACUAACUUUUUAGGCGGUGGUGGUUUUGGCUCUGUCUUCAAAGGAUGCCUUCGUGAUGGAACUGUUGUUGCUGUCAAGGUCUUGAACCUCGAAAAGCAUGGGGCAUCCAAGAGCUUCUUUGUGGAGUGUGAUGCCCUUCGUAGCAUUCGACAUCGGAAUCUUGUUAAGCUCAUCACCUCUUGCUUAAGUACUGAUUUCAAUAAUACUGAUUUCAAGGCUCUGGUCUAUGAGUUCAUGCCAAAUGGCAGCCUGGAAGAAUGGUUGCAUCCCCCUGAAAAUUCAUCACAUGGGAUUCAAUUAGACCUUUCUCAAAGACUGAACAUAGCGAUUGAUGUCGCGUCUGCAUUAGAUUAUCUACACAAUGACUGUUCCACGCCUAUUGUGCAUCGAGACCUCAAACCUAGCAAUGUCCUUCUUGAUCAAGAUAUGACAGCAAGAGUAGGGGACUUUGGUUUGGCAAGGUUGCAAGAUACUGAACCUUCAGAUUGUCAUCAAUCUACUACAUUCAAUCUCAAAGGAACGAUCGGCUACAUUGCACCAGAGUAUGGCAUUAGCGGGAUGACUUCAACUAAAGCUGAUGUUUUCAGUUUUGGGGUCCUGUUAUUGGAGUUGUUUACAAGAAAGAAGCCUACCGAUGACAUGUUUACAGGAGAAGUAAGCUUGCCAAAAUGGGUUUCUGUGAUGUUUCCCCAUAGGAUAUUGGACAUUUUGGAUCCUGAGCUACUAAAUCCUAUCAGCAAUGGCAUGGCUAGCAUUCGACCAAAAGACGAGGAAAGUUGGAAAUUUUGCAUAAUCUCAUUGUUCGAAAUAUGCUUGGCUUGUACCUCAGAGUCGCUAGAGAAGCGCAUGAACAUCAGAGACGUGCUGCCUAAGCUAAAGAAAAUACGAGACAACCAGUUUCAGUGCUAA